AAGCUGCAAACCCAGUGCCAAUCUGUCAAAGCCAAGCCGCGCGCCUUUCCUGUGUUUUCUCUUCCAUGUUCGUACGUACAUGUUGCAUGCACAUUUUUUAAAUUAGGAACUAUAUCACAGAUGGCUGCGACCAAACAGAGAAGUGAUGCACUAUCCGAGGGUGAGAGGAAUAAUAAAGUUAAAAAUGCAACUGUAUUGUGAGUGAGCAGAUAUGUAAACGAGUUCAUUGGGUGCGAUAGUAGGUUUACUAUAUUUAAACGGACUGAAAAAUGAGUCACAAUCUCCCACAGCCCGUGCAUCCACUUAAUAUGCAUUUAAAUAAAUGAUGCAGGAGCCCUUUGUUGCAAAGCCCGCAGUAAUGAGCGCAUGUGAAUCCGGUUGUUUCCUUCCGACCCUUAGAUAGCCCGAACAAUAAUUAUACACUACUGAAACACUUUCCGUGGAACAGAGGAUAAGCUGGUUCUGGUUCGGCUAAGCAGUUGCUCUCUGGUUGCUUUCUCUUCCAUUUUCCUCACUAAAAAUUGGCUCAUCAGCUCUUCUGGCUGGGAGCUGCCUCCUCCCUUUGUUCUGAGAGCAGCAGCGUUCCUGCUUGCUGGGGCACGAGCACCCUUCACUUUAUAGGUAACUUUAGGUUAGUCCAGCAAGGCUGCGGGUCGCUGGUGUGUUAACGGGGACGAAUCGACUCAAAAAUACCCGGACAGCGGUAGAAACGGGCCCGGGUGCUGGGAAUGGAAUCGAGCCAACGGCGUGCUUCCUUCUCGUUAUCAAGAAGCUGUAUCCUUGCAUAAAAUCUAGAAGUGAUAAAGGACAAUAUCUCGGUCAGCUUCCAAGAGGCCAUUGGAAAGAGACCGUCACGUGACAACUAGUGCCAAUGUUCUUCCAGAAGGUCGUCAGGACCCUGGUAGCCAGUCACUCGAUUUUUGGAAAUGCAGAAAACGACCUACUACGACAACUCGACACUUUUCGGAGGAUACUCGUACCAGGGGGCAAACGGUUUUGGCUAUGAUACCCCGGCACCAGCCUUCCAGAACUCAGCACAUCUUGAGGGUGACUACCAAAGGUCUGCAUGCUCCCUACAGUCGCUCGGCACCAGUGCACCCCCACAGCCUCAGCAUGCCAAGACGAAAGAGCUUAACGGCAGCUGCAUGCGACCCAGUCUGCCACCUGAACACCAUCCACCCCCCCAGGUUUCCCCUCCUCAGAACGCUGUAAACGUUGCUGCCUCGAAUGCCACCCAGCAGCCAGGUGGCAGUGGUGGUGGUGGGGGGGCUGGCAGUGGGGGAACAUCCAAAUCAUCAUCCAAGUCAUCCUCUAUGGCCACAAACCCAACUCUCACGAAGCAAAUCUUUCCUUGGAUGAAGGAGUCACGUCAGAACACCAAGCAAAAAAACAGCUCCCCUAGUGCAAGCUCAGCUAAUGCGGAGAGCAGCGGUGGUGAGAAAAGCCCUCCGGGUUCUGCAGCUUCCAAGAGAGCACGCACCGCUUACACCAGCGCACAGCUGGUGGAGCUCGAGAAGGAGUUUCACUUCAACCGAUACCUGUGCCGGCCAAGGCGCGUGGAGAUGGCCAAUCUGCUAAACCUCAGUGAGCGGCAGAUCAAGAUUUGGUUCCAGAACAGGCGGAUGAAGUACAAGAAAGAUCAAAAGUCAAAAGGCAUCGGUUCAUCAUCAGGGGGGCCUUCCCCUACAGGAAGUCCACCUCUCCCAAUGCAGUCCUCAGCUGGUUUUAUGAACUCUAUGCACUCAAUGGGCAGUUACGAUGCUCCCUCUCCACCAUCUUUUAACAAACCCCAUCAAAAUGCAUACGCCAUGUCAACAGCCUAUCAGAACCCAAUGAAAGGUUGCCCACCCCAACAGAAGUAUGGAAACACUCCACCGGAUUAUGACCCACACGGGCUACAGGGUAACAGUGGCACCUAUGGAACACCAAACAUGCAGGGUAGCCCUGUGUAUGUAGGAGGUAACUAUGUUGAUGCCAUGCCUGCCACUGGGCCUUCUAUGUAUGGCCUCAAUCACCUACCACACCACCAGUCGGCAAGUAUGGACUACAACGGUGCCACACAGAUGUCAGCGAACCAGCACCAUGGACCUUGUGAUCCACAUCCGACAUACACGGAUCUGUCUGCACACCAUCCUUCUCAGGGUAGAAUCCAAGAAGCACCCAAGUUGACUCAUCUGUAGCAGGUUUGGACAAAAAAAAUUUAAAAAGAGAAGAAAAAAUGAAAAAAAAAAUGAAAGGAAGACAAAACAGACUAACCCAUGGGGCGAUGCAAUGGGGUUGAAAAAGAUGAUCCAGUGGUUUCUUGCCAUGACUAGAACACCGGUUUGUGUCAAUGUUGUCCUCCCAUUCUUACGGGAACAUAUCUGAAUUUAGUAUCCAUAGGUCUAAAAAACCCUUUAAAACGAUACGUCAUGAAAAGUGGCUUGUUUAUGCCAAGGAAUAGACUGUCUAACUGUAUGACCUCAUUACAUCAUCCUAAAUGUUUGUGUUCCUCACUCUUUGGAGGGCAGUACGAUAUAGCAUAUAUUUAAACUUACUGGUGCAAGAAAACCACUGGAUUGUUUUCGUCCACUACCCUUAUUUCACAUACCUCUUUUUUUAAAUGUAUCAAAAAAGUCAAUUUUUUUAUUAACUUGAUCCCAAAACUGCAGCAGAUUUGCACCAUGUCUUUAGCAAGACAGGGUGAUCAAGAAAUUCAUCUUUUUCAAUUGCGUUUUACACUAUGCUACCUAUCAUUAUUAAUGAGAAGAAAAUGGAUUUUUGAUAUGGCUUUGACAGGGUAAAAAGAAGAGUUGAGAAAACUAGUAAAGUAAAGCUCAUUUCCUCAAUCUCAACUCACUUUCCCCCCUCCCUUCCCCUUAUACUCCUUUCCCAGUUCUUGGGUUUGCCUACAUUAGUCCAAACUAAUAUGAAAAGCCCACAUUUUCUCAUAUCUUGAUUUAACGUGGAUACAGGGUAUAUUUGAACAAAAUGCAUGUCCGGGAAACCAAGCUACGGCGCAGACGUCUCUGUUUACGCCUACUGCGCUCUUGUCUGGGCAUCAUUGUUGCACUUAGAGUUUACAUUAAAUGGGUGAGGAAGAAAAGUAAAUCUUAUUUUGAAUCGGAAGACCUUCAAUCAGCGUCUUUCGCUAAGUGUGUUCAAGUGAACAUUCAUAAAUAUAUAUUUAUUUGUUAUAGCCAGUUUAAAUACUUUCUUUUUUGUAUUAUUUAUCCCCAUGUAUUUAUAUCGAUAAAAAUGUACUUUUUUAGUAUCUACCUGUUAUAAAAAGACGCUGUGUUCUUGUCAUUGUAACAAAUUAAUUUUAGUUCUUGUAUUUUAGAGAUAUGUAGGUUUAUGUUACCCUUGUAUAAAUAAUGUCUUGACUUGUACAGGGGGCACAAGAACGGAAUCAAACCGUUCCCGCAUAGUCGAGAAUUAGACGGAAAAUAGCGAAACAUUUUGAGAACUUCAUUUGUCCUUUGUAACUACUUUUAUUUCCUUGUUAAGAGUUGGUUGUUGAACAAUUCUUUAAUAAAAUGUUAUGUUAUUCA